AUGAAACGGACAUGCCACAAGAUCGUUAGGUCUACAAAGAGAGUUGCCAGGCAGGUACAGGAUCCAAUGGAUAGACAACACGAGGGAAUAGACGGGUUGGACACUGGGAGUGGCACAGGUAAAUGGUUGGAUAGACAACAUGAGGGAAUGGACGGGUUGGACACUGGGAGUGGCACAGGUAAAUGGUUGGAUAGACAACGUGAGGGAAUGGACGGGUUGGACACUGGGAGUGGCACAGGUAAAUGGUUGGAUAGACAACAUGAGGGAAUUGACGGGUUGGACACUGGGAGUGGCACGGGUAAAUGGUUGGAUAGACAACAUGAGGGAAUGGACGGGUUGGACACUGUGAGUGGCACAGGUAAAUGGUUGGAUAGACAACGUGAGGGAAUUGACGGGUUGGACACUGGGAGUGGCACAGGUAAAUGGUUGGAUAGACAACAUGAGGGAAUUGACGGGUUGGACACUGGGAGUGGCACAGGUAAAUGGUUGGAUAGACAACAUGAGGGAAUGGACGGGUUGGACACUGGGAGUGGCACAGGUAAAUGGUUGGAUAGACAACAUGAGGGAAUAGACGGGUUGGACACUGGGAGUGGCACAGGUAAAUGGUUGGAUAGACAACAUGAGGGAAUUGACGGGUUAGACACUGGGAGUGGCACGGGUAAAUGGUUGGAUAGACAACAUGAGGGAAUGGACGGGUUGGUCACUGGGAGUGGCACAGGUAAAUGGUUGGAUAGACAACAUGAGGGAAUUGACGGGUUGGACACUGGGAGUGGCACAGGUAAAUGGUUGGAUAGACAACGUGAGGGAAUUGACGGGUUGGACACUGGGAGUGGCACAGGUAAAUGGUUGGAUAGACAACGUGAGGGAAUUGACGGGUUGGACACUGGGAGUGGCACAGGUAAAUGGUUGGAUAGACAACAUGAGGGAAUUGACGGGUUGGACACUGGGAGUGGCACAGGUAAAUGGUUGGAUAGACAACAUGAGGGAAUGGACGGGUUGGACACUGGGAGUGACACAUGUAAAUGA